CGUGCAUGGAAGACGGCCAGCAUGCCCGGCCGUCGACCGACGACAUCCGUGGCUUGCUGAACAAUCGGAACAGCCGUCGACAAGGCAUCGGCGCGCCAUCGAAAAGGGGUGUGUUCGGCCCACUUAGUGAGAUGCAUGCUGGGGUGUUGAAAUCAUCCAUGCGGCCAAUGCAUCGAUCUGGCUCCGACGGCCGACGAACAUCUGCGGCGGUCACAGGUACAACGAAUCGCACCAUCAACUUGCCAGCGCGUUCGUUUUCGUUUCGUCAGCGCCGAGGAAAGUUGGACACGCGCGCGAUUGCCCAGAUCGAUUUGAAUCGCGUGGUCCGCGAGACCGACAUCGACACGAUCCAGAACCAACUCGAGAACCUCGCCUUCUCGGACAUCACGCUGCAGGACUUUAAUCAGUACUCGGAUGAAUACUUCUUGAAGCUGUUUCAGAUUGCACAGUUGACGGUGGAAUACUUGCUCAACGUCCAAGAGUCGCUCGUGGUGCACGCAGAAGAGCUCGAGUCGCAGUGUGACCAAAUCCAGCAUGAAUGUGCAGUCCUGGCGGAGGAAAACGAGUCCGUCGACGCCGAGCUGCGCCAUCUCAAACAAGAGAUCAAGCAGAAACAGAACACAAUCUCGACGUACGAGCUAAUGCUUUUGACGCGGCAGCACCAAACCAUGCCGCCGUCCCAGGGGUCCACCCUCCCAACAACGAGUCCUUCUGGACCGGUCGAAUGCAUUUUGUGCAACAAAAGGUUUCUCUCGACCGAGUAUUUGCUGAAGCACCAGCGAAACAAACACGUGCAUGCAGCGGCGGAAGCCCAGAGCACCAAGCCUCCCUUGAUAGUUCAAGUGGAGGCCAAGGAACCGGUUGAGUCGCCGCCGCCGCCGCCGACACCGCAGCCCACGGAUUUGACCGUUGUGAAUGCGCUGAUCAGUGCCAACACGGCAGUCCUAACCAAACAAAUCGAAGCGAUCCAGGUCCAACUCGCCCACGACAAGACAGAACGCGCGCAAGAGACGCAGCUGCUGACGCACCAGCACCAGUCAUUUGCAGAGAAGAUGGUGGAGCACUUGGCGCGGAUGCAGGAAGCUCUCAAAGACAUGCACGUGCAGUCGCAAGCGCAGCGCGAAGAGUGGGCGCAUUUCGCGCAAGAUCUCAUGCAAAAGACGACGGAGAAAAUGGCCAAGACCGCCACGCACAUCGGCCCGAUCUUGAACGAUGGCGCGGAGGAGCAGUGGCGGCGAGAAAUCUUGCAGGAACUCAAGACGCAAAAAGAGGAAGAAAAACAGCGUCGCUUGGAACUGGAAGCCGAACGCAAGCGAUGGACCGAGCGAGAGGCGGAGCUUCAGGCAAAGCUAAACGACCAGCAGCAACUGCCGACGCUCACGCAACUCGUCGCGAUGGAAGCGCACAGGUACGGCAUCGACUACGGCCUGGCGUCGUCGCCGCGCGCCACCACACAAGAAGACCGCAGCGUCAUGCGAACGUCCCAGAUCAUUCAAACCGAUCGGGACGUGAGGGAUUCGCAGCAACAAACCGACGACGUGCCGGUGAAGUCUGUAGUCUCUUCAGCCGCCGCGCCGCAGCAAACUCCAACGCCAAUUGUGCAGCCCAAAGCAGUCGCGACGUCUGUCGAGGCAAACCCAGUGACUCCUAUGGAGCCGCUACUGCCACCGCAGUCGAUUGCACCGCCGCCGGUAGCUGCCGUGGGCGAACAAGUAUUGCAACUACCAAGUCCCGUGCUUCCGCCACCCGAGCAACUGCCUGUCGAAAUGCCGGCUCGUUUGGAUCUGCACCGUGCAGCCACAACGGUCCAGCGAGUCGCGGCUGGGUUCGUCACAAGAAAACAACUCGGCACGCCCGAGAACUGGGUCCUUCGCUACGGCAGCGACAUUCACAUCGACGUCACUCGACACAUGACAGCCAACGCCCUGCGACGGAUCGUAGCCGACAAACUUGGAGGCAUCGACCCGCAAAGGGUGCUGGUGCACGACUCGUCCACCGGAAGCGAACUCGUCGGCGACGUAUUUGUGUUUCACACCAACGGCCACCUCGACAUCGAAGUCGUGCGAGAGGACUACGACCCGUUCGUCGACGACUUGGUGCGACAAUACCACACGCGCACGUCCCAGAUCCAGAGCCUGCGCGACACGGCACCAAGGACGGAUCUGUCCGCGACGGAUGUGGCUAGCUCGAUCGUCAAGUUGCAAGCGGUGGUGCGAGGGGUGCUCGGUCGUCGGCAGGCCACCGAACUGCGCAUCGAUCGGCUCGUGGACUUGCGGCUCAAGCAGCUACACGAGUCGCCGGUGGUCGAGCACGACGGGGUCCCGAUUCUCCAUCAUCCACGGGACUCGUCUCCGGCGCUGCAGCAAGAAGCGGUCAAAGUGCAUGCGCGGCUGGUCAAGGCCAUGUCGGAUUUCCACGGCCGCCCUGCAGCACCGCUUCAGUCCAUGUCCCAAGUCGCGUUUGACGCGGCCAUGAAGAACGUGGACGAGGCGCGAAAGAAGUACCCUGCGCCAAUGCAAAGCCGCAUUGCCGUCAUCUUGGGCGCCAUUCACACCGCCGCCAUGCAACACUACGAUCCUGAUCAAGCCAAGGUGCUCGACGACAGGACAGCAGCGGCCGUCUCGAUUCAAUCCAUGGUGAGGGUCGGUUUGGCAAAGAAGGUCGUGGCGCAGUUGGCGAAGAAGGCCACCUCGGACGGCAGCAGCGCGAAAUUAGACAAAGACGACGAAAGCGAUGACGUUGCAGACGCCAAGGAGACCGCAGCGGAUUCAAAACGUCGCCUCGACAGUCGCCCCCCCGACGACGGCGGCGCGAAAGCCAUCGACGAAGAAAAGACUUUGACACGCAGCGCCAACGAUGACGAUGACGAUGACGCUGUGACUAUUGAUGAAUUCAACGAGCUCGAGACGGCUGCGCCACGACGAUCGGAUGCGCGCCAUUACGACGAGUACGACGAAGAAAAAGCGCAAUUCCGCGCGCUCCAAGACAUCCAGGACGACGACGAUGCCAAGUCGGCGCGGAUAUCGCCGCACUCCAACACCCCGCUCAAGUCGAUGCACCGACGAAACAGCCGCGGCUCCAUGCUGCACAAUGCUCGCUAGCGUUCCAGUGGCUGUGUGUCGCUGCGAAACGAGGCCAUUCUAGUGUUGGAUUUGCAUAUGGCACUGCGGAAACCAUCGAUCGACGCGCCUUGUUACAUCAAUCUCCAUGUUUACUACGAACAUGGACGCGGAGCUUGAGGUUCACCUAGGCAAAGGCUUUCGCCCACAUCUUCUUUUCCGU